AUGAGACUCAACUUCUUGCUGCUGGCGUUCGGCCUUUCGGCGUCUCUCCGGGGCGUACAAGCCGAGACUCAAGUCGACCAGUCCGUCGCUUCUAUCUGGGACGACUUCAAGAAUACAGUUGACUGCGGUGCUUGCCAAAUUCUCCUCGGCAGCAUCAAAGUUGCCGCAGGGCUUGGUGAGAAUUUCAUGAUCGACGUAUUCACAGGGUUGUGCAAAAUCAGCAGGGUCGAGGACCCAGAUGUCUGCGCCGGGAUCAUCAAGAAAGAAGGCCCUGCGCUGCAUGAUGUUUUCAAACAUUUACAACUGAACUCUGACGCCUCAAAGACACUAUGCGCUAAUCUGGUCGGGCUCUGCAAGCAACCCGAUGUUCAUUCCUAUAAUUUGACGUUCCCUUCACCCAAGCCAAAGACUGUGAGGCCACCACCUAGCGGCAAGACACCGCUCAAGGUCGUCCAUUUCAGCGAUACACACGUGGACCUCCUCUACGAGCCUGAAUCUAGCUACAAGUGUUCCAAGCCUAUCUGUUGCAGAUCUUGGUCGGAUGAAUAUUCACCAGAGAAUACAGCCUACCCAUGUGGACCAUUUGGAAAUACGAAGUGUGACGCACCACAAAUACUUCAGGAGAGCUUGCAUGCUGCUAUCGCAGACAUCAAUCCGGAGUUCUCCAUUUACACCGGUGAUGUGGUGGCCCACGAUAUCUGGUUGGUUGACGAGGCCGAAGCUCUGAAAGCGCUCAAUGCUACGUACAGUGCAAUGGAAAAGGACAUUGGCACUGUGUAUGCUGCAAUAGGGAAUCAUGACACUGCACCACUCAACCUCUUUCCCACGGAUGCUUCGAAUAAAGCUGAUCCCAAAUGGGCGUACUCGGCUCUUGCAGAAGAUUGGUAUGGCCUCACAGGUGUUUCUUCUGUCAAAUCUGCGGAUCAAUUCGCGUCGUACUCAGCCGUCCAUCCCAACAGCAAUCUGCGCAUCAUUUCUUAUAACAGCAUCUUCUACUACGUAUUCAACUUCUAUAUGUACCAGGAACCAAUGGAGAAAGACCCACGAGGACAAUUUGAAUGGCUCAUCAAGGAACUGCAGGCUGCCGAGGACGCGGGCCAACGUGCAUGGCUAAUCUCUCAUAUACCAUCCGGUAUACCAGAUCACUUCCGCGACCAUUCGGAUUACUUCGACCAAAUUGUGCAGCGUUACGAAGCCACCAUCGCGGGAUUAUUCUAUGGUCAUACACACCGGGAUGGGUUCCAGAUCGCAUACUCCGACUACAACGACCGAGACUGGAACACAGCUACUGCAAUGGGUUAUAUCAUUCCAGCCGUAACGCCAACGGAAGGCUCGCCCUCUUUCCGCGUCUACGAAAUUGAUCCAGUCACUUUCGGCGUCUUGGAUUACACUCAAUACAUCGCCAACAUCAGCGACCCGUCCUUUCAGACAAAGCCAGAAUGGCUGCCCUAUUACUCCGCGAAGGCAGACUAUGGAUCCAAGAUCUCUCCUCCGCUUACGGAUCCACAAGCCGAGAUCAGUCCAGCUUUCUGGCACAAUGUCACCGUCGCGAUGGAACGCGAUCCCACGGUUUUCCAAGAUUAUUGGGCGAGACGUGUUCGCGGAUUCGAAGUUGAGAGCUGCAAUGGUGACUGCAUGAAAAAUGAGAUCUGCCUUCUUCGUGCCGCCAAUGCACAGUAUAACUGUGAUAAACCAAAGUCUUUGGACUUCUCUAAGCUUGAUGGGCAGGAGGGUGAGAUCUUGCCGGAAAAGGAGCCUCGCACCAGCUGCCAUCAUGCUGGAAUGGCGACUCUGAUCUCAAAAAUGGCGCAUCAGGCUAGACUUGAGGGGAGAAAGGAGCCUGAGGGUUGA